AUGGCUGUCCUCUCGAUGGAUGUCAGUGGUAAAGACGAUAGCGAGUACCGACUGUUGAUUGAUGGAAAGGUGAAAUAUGUCACUAUUUCACCGCACACCUAUGACAGAAACACUCUUUCCGCCCCUCUAGAGUCGCUACCUGCCUUACCGAAGGCCAAAGAAUGGAACAUGGCAUUCAUCAGUCGGGACCCAUCCACCAACGAACUGAAGACCAGAUUGUCGAAUCGCAAACUGGUCGGGGUGCAUGAGCUCUGGCACCCCAAUUCUGUGGACUGCCUGACGUUGACCAAAGUCAAACGACUUUCCGCAAAUGUUUCGGAAGUCACUGUUUCUGGGAACCAGGGUUCCGAUGCUUCGGUACCAUUAAGCCCGGGAACCACUGCAAUUCUCAAAAUUGCCCGAUUUGAAUGGGAAAUACCACGCAUUGUGCAGGAGACCAGAGCUUACAGGCUACUAGCAGAGAGUGGUCUAGCUCCACGGUUUCUCGGCCAUGUCCAUGAGCACGGGCGAGUUAUUGGGCUCCUGGUGGAGAAGGUCGAGGGGCGCGAAGCAUCAAUCGAUGACCUUCCGGUUUGUAAGGAUGUUGCCCAGCAGUUUCAUAAGCUAGGCUUGCUGCAUGGAGAUGUCAAUAAGUACAACUUUAUUGUUCACAACGGGACUGCAAAGUUGAUUGAUUUCGAAAAUAGCCGGGCACAUCAGGAUGACUGCUCGGCUAGGCAGUCCGAACUAGACUCCUUGGAUGCUCACCUGCAGGAGAAGACAGGGCGCGGUGGAGGAUUCACGCCCAUGGAACACUCAAGUUGA